AUGCCGAAGAAAUUUACGGGUGAAAAUUCAAAAGCAGCGGUGGCAAGAGCUCUGCUGUCAGACUCUUAUGAGGUAAAACAGGUGACACAAGCAUCUAUUGAAGCUCGCAAACGUGCUGAAGAGGAAAGAAAGCAGAAAGAAGAGAAAGAACAUUUACUAAGGAUGCAACGUUUAGAAGUCGAAAAGGAAGAUAUUGAGGAAAAUGUCAACUUGCUGAGAGUACAGAAGUUUUUACCCCUACCUUUGCUUUUUAUCAGAUUUAAAAUGCAAAUUUUAGAUGCAUAUUAG